GAUCAAAAAAAAAUUCAUAAGAAAUAUGCCUUUAUGGUAAGCUGAUGAAUAUAUACAUAUACAUGUAUAUAUAAUAUCUAUUAUAGAUUAUCUUGGCUGUACGCAAAAUGAUGUUAGAAGCACCUUCAUUAAUAGAUGUAAAAGUUCCUUCUGAUGGCAAAUUAACUAUAUGUGGUGAUGUUCAUGGACAGUUUUAUGAUUUCAUCAACAUAUUCGACAUCAAUGGCUAUCCCUCAGAAAAGCACACUUAUUUAUUUAAUGGAGACUUUGUUGAUCGUGGAUCAUUUUCUGUUGAAGUCAUUUUGACAUUAUUUGCAUACAAAUGGCUUUAUCCAAGCAACUUAUACUUGGCAAGGGAAACAUUCAAUGCUUUACCACUGUCUCACGUUGUUGAAAACAAGAUAUUUGUGACCCAUGGUGGCUUAUUCUCUAGAGAUAACGUUACCUUGGAUGAGAUCAGAAAGAUUGAUAGAAUUGGUCAAGGACAACCAGGAGCUGAAGGUUUGAUGUGUGAAUUACUUUGGUCUGAUCCACAACCAGAGAUGGGACGAGGAAAGAGCAAGAGAGGUGUUGGUAUUCAAUUUGGACCUGAUGUGACUAGAAACUUUUUGGAAACAAACAACUUGGAUAUGAUCAUUAGAAGUCAUGAAGUAAAAGAAGAGGGUUAUGUGAUUGAACAUGAUGGUAAAUGUGUUACUGUAUUCUCUGCACCUAACUAUUGUGAUACUGUUGGUAAUAAGGGUGCCCUUAUUAAUAUAACCCCUGAUCUCAAAUUAGACUAUGUCACUUUCUCUGCAGUGCCUCAUCCAUCAGUUAAACCAAUGCAAUAUGCCAGCCAGUUCAGUGGCUUAUUAGGCAUGUAAUUGACCAGUCAAUGCCAAUGAAGCCAACUACUGUUUGAUAACAAGUGUAAGAAAUAACAGGGUUAUUAUCUCAUAAUUAACAGUAAUACGCGUGUAUAAUAUAACAUUAUAAAAGAUAACACUAUAAAGCUUCUUUUACCACGCAACUGAGGAUGUGUGGACAGAGAGAGGCUCUAUCCUUCCUGCAAAAUUGAACUAUUUUAUAGGAUGAUCAAAGUUUAAAAAAGACUCAUUAAGUAAUGAUUUAUGAGACAUCCAGG